AUGUUGCAAUCUCCUUCUACCCACGAUCUAGAGAAGUUUCCCAUGUCAGGAUGCUCCUCUCUCAACUCAUUAGCCACCCAUGUUGCUUCAGAACAAUGUCAGGGCUCUCCCCCUGGGUCAUCCUGUACCCUCGUUCCUAUCCAGAGCCAAGUUUCUGGUCAUGAGGUGCCCCCUACAGACGACCACUAUGAGGAGGCUGAUGCCAAACAAUACGACCAGUUUUCCCCUGCACGCAAGAUUGUCAUUCUUUGUAUCCUCUCGUAUGGUACUUUUCUCGCCCCUAUCUCGUCCACCGCCAUGAUGGCUGCGGUGCCGGAAAUGGCAUCGACCUACCAGACGACGCCCGAAAUCAUCAACGCGAGUACUGCCCUCUACCUCGUAUUCAUGGGCAUCUCGGCUCUUUUCUGGGGCCCUCUCAGCCAGAUCUGUGGUCGUCGUCCGGCUCUGAUAGCCAGCAGUGUUCUCUUCUUUGCUUUCACCAUUGGUACCACCCUUGCUCCGAAUCUUCCCGCCUACUUCAUAUUCCGUAUCGUUACUGCAUUCCAAGGAAUGGCUUUCCUGGUCGUUGGCAGCUCAGCCGUGGGAGACAUCUACGAACCUCGAACACGGGCCACAGCCCUCGGAUGGGUUGUCUCAGGGAGUUUGAUCGGGCCAGCCCUAGGUCCUUUCCUGGGGGGAGUUAUUGUCACCUACCGACCAUGGCGGACGAUCUUCUGGCUUAUCUCUGCAAUGAGUGGAUUUGCCGCCCUUAUCAUCAUUGUCUUCCUCCCGGAGACGAUCCCCUCCAAGGCCAAUCGUGACUUCACAAGACAGAGCAUUCCACGACAGGCCAAGCUCCUCUGCUGCCGAAUAUCCCCCCUGCGCGUCUUCACCCUGAUCUUCAGAUAUCCGAACCUCUUCUGGACCGGGCUCGCUGGCGGUGCCCUCGUCUGGAACCAAUACGCCCUUCUCACCCCCAUCCGACCGGUUCUUAAUCCACGAUUUCACCUGACGAGCCCCAUCCAAGCCGGCCUGUUCUACCUUGCCCCCAGCGCCGGCUUCCUGGCCGGCUCGUUCGUCGGCGGCCGAUGGGCCGACUACAUCGUUCGCAAAUACAUUACCCGACGCAAGGGCGUACGCAUCCCCGAGGACCGUCUCCGCUCGUGUCUCCCCUACAUCUGCAUCUUCGCUCCAUGCUCCGUGCUCGUCUACGGCUGGACUCUGGACCAAGCCGUCGGCGGCAUCCCGGUUCCCGUCAUCGCCAUGUUCCUACAGGGAGUAUUCCAACUCAUGUGUCUCCCCAGUCUUAACACCUACUGUCUGGACGUGAUGCAUUUCAAGGGUCGCAGCGCGGAGGUCAUUGCCGGGAGUUAUACCAUUCGAUACUUCUUUGCUGCCCUGGGUACCGGGGUCUCCCUCCCCGCGAUCCAGACACUGGGCGUCGGAUGGUUCAACACUAUCUCUGCUCUUUUCUUACUGCUCUCCGGCGUGAUGGUCUGGGUCACCGCUGUGUUUGGGCCCCGGUGGCGAGAAUCCGUUGAUCAUAAAUAUGAAGAGAAAGCGGCGAGACGGAAAGGUCUUGCUUGA